GGAUACGCUUGGAGACAUCACACGUAGAUUUCGCGAGCUCCAGAGACUAGUUCGAAGACUGUCGGAGCCUUUUUCCCCGCAACGUUUAUCAUUCAUAACCGAGCCUUCCGAAACGACGAUUCGAGCCAACAUAUACGAGUGAUAACGACUUUCUAGAAUAUUUGCCACAUUAAUAAUCGGUCGGAACAAUUUCGCACAGUGCGCGAUUCCCAAAGACAUAGAAUUAUUUUAAAUAUAAUAGUAGAAUGCCUGAGUUAUCGUUUUCUAAAAAGUUGGUGAUAUUUUUAUUCAUUUUCGGGUCCACUUGCGGCGACGACGACGAAAAUGACGACAGAAUAAUUUUCUCAGAGUCCGGCGAAUAUGGAACUAGCAGGAUCGGUGGAAAAUCCGAACUUGAGAUGAGUCUUGAACUCGCUCGAGAAUAUAGCCAGAUCGAGAGCGUUGAAGAUUUUCUGAAACUUAUCCAGGGCGUACCGGAGGGUGAAAUUCUGACAGGAGUUUCGUUUGAAAAUCGUUUUGGCGAGGGACGUUCCUCCAACGUCGAAAUCGGUAAGCCGGCCAUUUGUUCUCCAGAACUUCAGCCGGUUCCAUUAAAACCCGAAGGAGUUGAUCCGUCUGCACUUUAUUUCCCAAGUUGCACCAGGGUGCCGAGAUGCGGGGGAUGCUGCGGGCAUAUCCUUUACUCGUGUCAACCAACGGCGACGAUCACCAGAAGGUUUCAGGUUCUCGUAGCCGAAAUGAAUCACGUCACGGGAACGACUUACAAGAGAAAAGAAAUAGUGCCGAUCGAAGAACACACGAAAUGCAGAUGUCAAUGUAAAGUGAAGGCAGAGGACUGUAACGAGAGGCAAGUCUACAAUCCUCGCGAAUGUCGAUGCGCUUGUUCGAACGUUGACGAGGAAACGAAAUGCCAAAGAAAUAACGCGACGAAACGUUGGGAUGUGGAUAGUUGCACGUGUCAAUGCAGAGGCAGUCACGAGUGUUCGACGGGAGCGUAUUAUGACCACAGCUCCUGCAGCUGCAAGAAUCUAGGAACUGGUGGUCAUCGCCGCCACGCCAUUUCUGAUUAUGGGAAACAUUCGGGAUUUGGUUCAGCCAAUUCUAGACAAUCAAGCGCACCGAAUUCCGCAACUAAACUACUCGCGGCAACGCUUACUAUUGAUGCUAACGAUCCGAGGCGCCGACACAAGGAAGAUCCUGAAUAAUAUAAUAGUCGAAUGCUCAAGCAGGGGAUCUGUAUAGACUUGAUCCUUAGGCCUGAUUCAGUCAAAUUUUAGUCAGUACCAAUAUAAACGAAUUAAGACUGUCUAAACGACCCUGAUCCUACUCUUGGCCUUGCCAAAAAGCUUUAAGAAACUGACUCAGUUUCUCUUCACAAUCCUGCUUAUUGUUUUUAAAUUAAAUUAAAUAUGCCCGAGUCUUCAAGCAGCUUGCAAGUGGCCUAAAACUGGUGUCCCAGUGACUCAUGUUUUGGCCAAUAUGAUAUUAUACAUUAUUAUACAUAUACAAUUAGUAAAUAAAUUUCGUUUUGUGUGAUAAUUAAUGGACAAUGUUACGUAAGGAUUGGGGUGUAUGACGGAAAGUUUCCAUUCUCAAGACAAACUGCUAUCCAUUAUUUCUACCGACAACACUGGGUGAAGUACUGUACGCCCUAGUAACUACUAUGCAGAUAAUCACAUCACUAACAUGGAAUUGAUUAUUAUGGGACAAGCACCUGGAUUUGAUAUUUGGGAAGGAACAAAGUGGCAGGUACAUACAAACUUUAUAGAACAAUUACAUAAACGUUGUAUUAAUUAUUAUUGUACCAGAACAUUAUGUUAUUUACAAAAAUCGAUCACAACAAAUACCUUGGACCAAGUCGAAUAGGAAACAUUUAAGUUAAUUUUUACCAGCUGGUAUAACGAAAGAUGUAUCUGGUAUUCUCUUUCUUUCUCUUUCAAUUUCCGAUGCCAAUGUCGCCACAGCGUUGUUCAACUUCAACAGAAGAGUGUGAGAUUUAUUUAUCGAUUCCAGUGUCUGCGCUAUUGACUCUGAAAUAUAAGAUCAUCGAUCACAUAAGAUAAAAGUUAUCAAAUAAAUUCAGACUAAUUAUUCGUGGGAUACCGAAAAUGCAAUUCAAAGCCAAGAAAUAUUGCAGCAAGUUGUUUGAUGAGGUGAUUUAUAGAUCUUUUGAUAUUGAGGUUGGAUCAAUCGAGAAAUAAAAUUUAAUUUUCCAAGAGAGAAUUUGAUAAUUUGGAGCAACGACUGAAUAAAGCAAAACGUUUACACAGAGGCAAUAGAUCUCAUCUCUCUCACCGAUUGAAUUUGCGAUAUCAAUACACAUAGACGACUCCGUUGGCGGUGUUGACUUCUUAGCUUUUUUGACAGAAUUACUCAUAUUUGUUAUUAUUGACGGAAGUAUAACAUUACGCAAUAAACUCACUAUCGAAUGUGGGUUGAUGCUAUUAAAAUAUGUUGAGUUUUCGGCUCCUUGAAGAUAAUUUCUAAUACAUGUAUUAAUGAAAUUAAUUUUGCUUUUUUUAGAACCAACACGUGAUGUACCCCUUGAAAGCACAGCUUGAAAGACGAAAGCAUGGGCUGUUAGAGGUUAGGGUAGAUUUCAGUAGUCACAACCCUCUCAGUUCCUCAAACUUCCAAGGGAUGGCAAAAGCUCCUAAAACCCAACAGUAGAAGACGAACCUGCAACUUAUCAAGCAGUUGGCCUUUCAUCGGAAAUACAACACUAUCCUCGGGGCAUCCACGAAGCCUAUCAUCAUACAUAUGUGUGGUGUAGAUGAUUAACAUGAUUGAGUUUACAUUGGUUUUUUAGAACUAUCGAAUUAUCGAUGAUAGAUAUCAAAUUGAAAUUAUAAUGAUGUUAACUCUAUUGAAACUAUUGUUGAAACUAUUGAUGAUGAAUAAGUUAUCACAAACAUAUCAACAUGCUGGAUACAUUUUGAUUUGUACCUGCGAACCGUCAUAUUAUUGAUCUGAUGUAACACAAUGUCCAAACAUGUAUUUUUGAACUUUGAUUAAUCAAUAAACAACGAUUAUUACAAAUGCAA